GUAGUUUUAGUUCCGAGCAGUGUGUCAUCAGUCUCGUGAAUGCAGAGGAGCGCAGUUUUACUGAAGCUGAUGCUCCACGUUGUAGCCUGUUCAAAAUAAGCGGCCCAUAGCUAUGGCUGCGUCUAUACUUGGGGAAGAACCACGUUUCGGAACGACUCCUUUAGCCAUGCUGGCUGCAACCUGCAACAAAAUUGGUAACACCAGUCCCCUCACCACACUGCCGGACUCCAGCGCUUUCGCCAAGGGCGGCUUUCUCCCGUGGAAAAGAUCUUCCAGUUGUAACUUGGGGUCCAGCCUUCCAGGGUUUGCCGUGGCGACAAGCAGAGGAUCGACUGGAUCAACAGCAACUUCUGGUACAAGCAGCGGCGCGUUUUGUUUAGCCUCUACAUCUCCGACCCCAUCUGUAUUUACCACAGAAUACAGCCUGUUUUCCAACUCGGGAACUGUGUCAUCAUCAGAAUCGGGACAGUCAGCCUUCCUUGCCCAAGUUCACACUCCCGCAGAGUCCCUAUACCCGCGGGUAGGCAUGGCGCAUCCAUAUGAAUCAUGGUACAAAUCUGGCUUCCACUCAACCAUUUCAGCCGAGGUUGCAAACGGGACGUCUCCUUGGUGGGAUGUCCACAGCAGUCCAAGCUCGUGGCUUGAGAUCCAAACUCCAGCUAACACUCUGCAAACUUCUUUGCACUCCGGAAGUCCCCAGACCAUUCACUCUCAAGUGAGUGGCUAUAACACUGAUUUAUCCCCUUUGACGUACUCCGCCUUCAGCUCUACUGGGAUAAGCCCAACGGCGUCUCAUCUUCUGUCCACGAGUCAGCACCUGUUGACACAAGAAGGAUUCAAACCCGUGAUCCCCACAUACACGGAUUCUUCCGCUGCUAGCGCCAUGAUCUCGGGAGCCACUUCUGGACUAGCGGGCUCAUCAAGGUCCUCCAGGAGGUACUCGGGAAGAGCGACCUGCGACUGUCCAAACUGUCAAGAGGCUGAACGGUUGGGUCCCGCUGGAUGCAGCCUCAGGAGGAAGGGACUGCAUAGCUGCCAUAUCCCGGGUUGUGGUAAAGUUUAUGGUAAAACGUCUCACCUGAAGGCCCACUUGAGAUGGCACACCGGAGAGAGACCGUUUGUGUGUAACUGGCUUUUUUGUGGUAAAAGAUUCACGAGAUCCGACGAACUGCAGAGGCACCUUCGCACCCACACCGGAGAGAAAAGAUUUACUUGUCCCGUGUGUAACAAACGCUUCAUGAGGAGUGACCAUUUGAGCAAGCACAUUAAAACUCACACUGCUGAAGGCGGAGACAAGAAGGGAAGCGACAGCGACACCGACACAAGCAACUUGGAGACCCCCAGAUCCGAGUCUCCGGAACUCAUUUUAGAGGGAGUGAACGCCAGAGUUGCGGUCAAGGACCUCAACGUUACGACUCAUAAAAGAUAUGAGUCAUAGUUAUGAAAUGCAAAUAACUUUGUACAUUGACAAACAAUUACAUUUAAAUGGCAUUCUUUAUUUUUUAAAAACGAGUCUGGAAUUUGUGAGACGCUAAGGCUGCGAAGUGUGUCUGAAAAAGAUUUCAUAUUUGAAAAAGCAACUCUUUUAAAAUAAAAAAAACACAGUGAAUACACCGUAAUUAAAUAUAUACAUAUAUUUUUACAACUUUCACAACGAUUGUAUGAAAUGCAUUACGAAUGGUAUGAGUUGUAUGAGAAAGAUAACAUGUCUUUCAGACCGUUCAGCAAAGUUAAUUACUUCUGAGUAGGCAUCAUGUGAAAAUAUGUAAAUUCUCAUUUUUUUGACAUAUAUCAACGAGGAAAGUGUUAUUCAUAUUCUUGUAAAUAUUAAUUAUGAUUGUGUUGUCUCUUGGGUUCCUGCAAUUCAGGGUUUUGUUUCGAAGCACUUUGUGGAUAACGUAGCCUAUAUAAACAGCUAUUUAAAAUAUUUUCUUUUCUUAGAUGUUUUGAAAUUCUAAAAACGUUACAAGCGUCAAAACGUUAUUGCAGCACAUUAUGAACGUUUAUUUGUAUAAAACCAAAAAAUAUAUAAUGGCACAAGAUUUUCAUUUCCUGAAAUAUUAAAGAAACCUACAUGAAAAUA